AAAGUUGUAGGGGCUUAGAUCUACAACACAAAGGACUUCCGAAUUAAUUACUUAUAGUGAAUUCUUCAAUUCAAAGAUUCUGCAAAAUGUCAGCCUUCUGGAGACAGCUGAGUAAAAACAAGAUGCCCCUCUUUAAAUGUUUAUUCAAUAAAGAACCCCAUUCCAAUUCUGAAGAUGACAAAGACAGUGCUGUCGAGUUUGAUGAACCAUGGAGAGAAAUAAAAUGGAACAAAAGUGAGAUAGUACAAGAGUUGAAAGAAUUUGAACUAUCCAAUCCAGAAAUCAAGCAUCUCCGAUUUCUGAUGACUGGACCUGUUGGGUCUGGGAAAUCCAGCUUUGUGAAUUCAGUCAAUAAUGCAUUUCAAAACAGAAUUACGAACAAAGCAGUCAUGGCGACAACGUCAGAAACCAGUUGCACUGAAAUAUUCAGAAGCUACAAAAUCAAAAAUGAAACGUCUGGAACUUUAUCGUUCGUGUUCUGUGAUACUAUGGGUGUGGAAAAGGGCAGCAAAAAAGGAGUUGACGUGCGUGAUCUGAAUAAUGCCCUGCAGGGCCAUUUGACUGAAGGAUAUCAGUUUAAUCAGCACUGUUGUAUAACUACUGAUGACCCAGGUUUCAAUAGCAAACCUACACUGGAAGAUAAAAUACAAUGUGUGAUCUGUGCUAUAUCAGGAAACACCAUUUCUCAACUGGAUCAAGGGGUCAUUAUCAAAAUUAAACAAAACUUUAAAGAAGCUGCAAAACUUGGAAUCUCUCAAGUUAUAAUCGUGACAAAGAUCGAUGAGUUCUGUCCUCUUGUCAACAAGGAUCUGAAAAAUGUCUACAAGAGCAAGAAAAUUAAGGAUAAGAUGAAGGAGUGCAGUAACUUCUUGUCAGUCCCAAUGACCUGUAUCUUCCCUGUGAAGAACUACCACGAACAGACCAAAACAGACGACGACAUCGAUGUCCUCCUUCUCUCAGCACUCAAACAAAUUCUACAUUUUGCCAAUGAUUUAACUGAAAAGCUCUAAACUCAUCACACUACAAAAAUGACUCUUAAAAAAAAAUGUUCAUUUGGAAGAUUCGACCUAAAUGUAACAGCUUAGAAGCAAAGAAAAGAAAGUCCUUUGGUAUAGUCUACAUAUGUACUGAGUCACUUUAAAAAGAAAUUGUUAGAACUUUCUGCUAUUAGAGCAUAUAAAUUAGCUACCUAGCUAACCAAGACUGAUAGUCAGCUAAUCAUGUAAAUAACAAAAUCCGAGGACUCUAUAUAAAUAAUGUGGCUAAAUCUGGGCUUUAUAUGAUUACCAUCAUGUGAAUGCAAUUAACAUAUGCAUAUACAUAUUCAUACUGUAUAUAUAACAUCAUUGUUCAUUUUUAGGCUUACUAAUCAUAUGAUUAUUAUUUGUGUAUUUAUUAUUCAAUGUUUUGUUUUAUUACAUUUUACAAUAUUAUUUCACAACUCAUAGGUAUCCAUGCAAGUACUAAUUACGAGGGAAAAGGGUGUGAUUGAAUAAGACUUCUUGUGAUUUUUAAUAUAGAUGGCUUUUCUUCAUUAGCU